UCCUCUCAUCAUCCAUCAUCUCUCAAUUCCAACUACUCCUACUCGAGUUUGCUUGACUCCGAUCUACGUUUUGAUCUGGGUGGGUAGAUAUCUACAUACCUACCACAUCGACCCCCACCCUACUCAACAUCGGUCCACCUCUCGAACCACACACACACACCCACCAACCCCGAUCCAGCGCCAGAGACCUCAAAAUGUCCUCCCUCUCCUCCUACCUCGCAAAAAACUACCUAACGGCCGACCCGUCCCCGGCCUCCGAGCGCCCCAAAAAGAAGCGCAGAAAGAACGCCCCCGUCGACACCACGCCCUCGGGCCUGAUCAUCGCCGACGACGACCCGCCGUCCCUCCGCUCGUGGGGCGGCGGCGGCCUCCACGACGACGAGGACGGACCAUCUAUCGUCUCCGGGCCUGGGACGACGAGCCGUGGCGGGGAAUUCCGACGCAAGAAGACGUCGGGUUGGAGGAAUCUUUCCGGCAGUGCAGGGGAUGAGGAGAAGGCGGCGGCGGAUGCGAUAUUGGCGGGCGUGAUUGCGGAGAGGAAGGCCGGACGGGACGGUGAUGAGGAUGAGGAUGAUGAGGAUGCGCCGGUGGUAGAGGAAGAGACGGAUGCGAUGCGGAUGGAAUCCGGCGCGUUAGCGGGCCUACAGACCGCCGCGCAGACGGCAGCGAUGGUCGCGGAGCAGGAGAAACGAAAGAAGAAGGAAGCAGCGCGGUAUAAGGAUUCCGCGCUGGGCGAGAAGGCGCAGGAGACGAUAUACCGAGACGCGAGCGGACGGAUCAUCAAUGUGGCGUUGAAGCGGGCGGAGGCGCGACGUGCAGAGGAAGAGAAGAAGCUCCAGGAGGAGGAGGCGAAGGAGGCGCUUAUGGGCGAUGUCCAGCGCAAGGAGAGGGAGGAGAGGAGACAACUGCUGCAGGAGGCGAAGGUUAUGCCCCUGGCGCGGACGGCUGAGGAUGAGGAUAUGAAUGAUGAGCUGAAGUCGAGGCAGCGCUGGAAUGAUCCCGCUGCGCAGUUUUUGUCGAACAAGGGCGAGAAGGCGGUUAGUCGCACCGGUAGGCCGUUGUAUCAGGGGGGCUUUGCGCCGAAUCGCUAUGGCAUUCGGCCGGGGCAUCGCUGGGAUGGCGUGGAUCGUGGAAAUGGGUUCGAGAAGGAUUGGUUUGGCGCGAGGAAUCGAAAGGGCAGGUUGGAGGCCCUGGAUUAUGCUUGGCAGAUGGAUGAAUAGGUGGGCUGUUGUGUAUGAUACAUAGGGUUGAUCUGGUGCUGGCGCUGGAUGUGAUAAUGUGAUGGAUGUGCGAUAGAC